AUGAACCCAACUCCUUUUAAUCUAGCGGUAAUGUUCAGUCCCAAAUACGCAUCACGUGCUUUGUCCCGCAAAGUCAAUAGCACUGAAAGGAGUCGCUUCAUUUUGCUACAAAUUUACAGGAUUGCAAAGGACUCGAAAUCUGCAACGCAAAAACGAGAAAAUUCCGACAACCCCCGGGAGCUGGAGCCCUGGCAAAUACAGAAAAGAGCUUUAAAGAAGAAGUUCCCGGAGGGGUGGAAUCCACGAAAACGCCUUCACCCAGAUACCCUCGAUACCAUCCGACAUUUACAUCAACAGGACCCUGCCACAUAUUCGACUCCGGCCCUCGCGCAAGAAUACAAGGUGUCUCCGGAAGCAAUCCGGCGCAUCCUGAAAAGCAAAUGGCGGCCAAGCCCGGAGAUUGCUGCAGAACGGCGGGAACUUUUACGAUACGAUACGAUACGAUACGAUACGAUACGAUACGAUUACUAUUCCAAUGCUGUAAUUUACGUUCUCAAAUGA